CUCCUCUCAUGCAACCUCACAGCAUCCCUGCAGGGUGGUAACACAGGGUCACCACACACUGAGAGGCAGGUGUGUCCUGACUGAACGGGACGGAUAGAGAGAAGAGGAUAAAGACUAGGAGAGGAGGGCUGUGCAGAGCAGCUGCCGAGAGUCGACUUCAGGGCUCGUCUAUGAUGCGAUUGGCUGAAGAGAAGAAAUCACCUGAGACCGAAAUGAGUUUAGGAGCCGCAUGCGUGUUCUUGCGUGGAGGGAAAAACCUUGCUAGAGGACUGGCUGAUGAUGAGAUCGAUGAGCUGCGUGAUGCGUUCAACGAGUUCGAUAAAGACAAGGACGGGCUGAUCAGCUGUAAGGACCUGGGGAACCUGAUGAGGACGAUGGGUUACAUGCCCACGGAGAUGGAGCUGAUUGAGCUGAGCCAAAACAUCAACAUGAACCUCGGUGGCAGAGUCGACUUUGAAGACUUUGUGGAACUGAUGACUCCGAAGCUGCUGGCGGAGACGGCUGGGAUGAUCGGCAUGAAGGAGCUUAAAGACGCCUUCAAGGAGUUUGACAUAGAUGGCGAUGGAGAGAUCACAACAGAAGAACUGCGGUCCGCCAUGACCAAGCUGAUGGGCGAGCACAUGAGUCGGAGAGAGAUAGACUCCAUCGUGAAAGAAGCGGACGACAACGGAGACGGCACCGUAGACUUUGAAGAGUUCGUUAGAAUGAUGUCCCAUCAAUGACGGCCGAGGGGACGGUCAAUGAAUGGGGGACCUGUGCACAUCCGAAGACAUGUAUUGAUAAUGAUGCCGUGUUUGUCUGGAGCUCUCGGACAGAUUUACUUCUACUAAUCCAGAACAAUUUUAAUCAUAUGAAAAUUCAAAGUUAGUGGUGCAUAGACCAGUCAAGCAAUAUCAAGUCAUCCUCAGAGGGAAUAUAAAGCUAUGCAACCAUGUAUAUUAAUCCGAUAUAUAAAUAUACUGAAAAGACUGUGAUGAACUAAUUAAGCUUUAUCGUUUGGUUUGAUUAUAAUGUAAACUCAAAGUUCUUUAUGGAUUGUUUUGUUGAACUGACUGAUUGUUGAAAUGUAUGGAUGAAAUCCAUCAAGUUUAAUGCAGAUAUCUAUCUUUGUUUGGCAAAGAACAAAAUAAAACGUCUUAAUAUGAGUAAACUUUGCACAUGAGUUUUGUAUGUGUUACUGAGCUGUUAGUCCGCAGGAAUUUAACCUCUGAUUUUAUCUCACGUGACAAAAGACUGUGGGGCAGCUCAUUUGGAAAAGUAAUCAGAAAAUAAAAGAGAUCUUCGUGA